GAUAGCGCUCCGCUGCGCGACCUAGUGCGCGUAGUACUCUCGCGUUUUGAUGACAGAAGCCAAAUGCAGGGAGGAUAUAGAGGUUCGUUUGUAAACAGUAGCCGCGUUUAAACAUCCGAGACGCCCAGAAUUAGGACUCAAGACGGGCUCAUUGAUCGCGUCUCCGAAAGGCGUUUGAAAUCGGACACCGCUGGCGUUGAGGGCCUCACUCCGCGCGCGGAGGGAUACGUUGUUGCGUCUGACAAUGUGGACGGAGGAGGUGAAGAUGUCUACGAGAAGAAUGAAAUCAUCUCCUCACUUGUAACAGUGGGGGGGAAAAAAAAGAAGCCAGACGCGAGAUUCAGCGAGUAGAAUAGAUUCGUUGGCACGCACACUCGGUACACUGGAGCGAAACGCGAGGAGGCGGCCACUUGAAGAGCGAGCUUCCCGGGACAAAGAAGGGGGGAAAAGACGUUCCACGGCGCUCCAAUGCGUCUGGUGCGCUGAGCUCGAAAUUCUCAACUUUUAUGUUUUUCCUCCUCGCCGCCGUCCGCUUUUUUUCUUCGCCGCUCUUGGAUAGCCGACACCCGCGGAGGAGAGGGUUUGUUAGAGACGGAAGGUUAUGACCGAGCAGCAGCAAAGAAUGGCUGCAGUGGGAACUGACAAGGAACUCAGCGACCUCCUGGAUUUCAGUGCGAUGUUCGCACCUCCUGUCGCGAACGGCAAGAACAGAACAAUGACCCUCGCCAGCAGCCAGUUCAGCGGCUCAGCACUGGAUGAGCGCAGCAGCUCUGGUUCCUGGGGUUCGGCGGAACAGAACAGUCCUUCUUUUAGCCAGGGACGGGGCUAUGGAGAAGGAUCCCACUACAGUGAACAUGAAGGCUUGGCCUCUCCUUUCAUAAGUUCUGGGAUUGCAGGUAAAAAUGAGCGGCCAUCGUACUCUCCGUUCGCGAAUCAGCCUGGUUUCCUUCCGAGUGAAAUUGCAAUGCCUAGUCCAGACGCCAUGUCCCCCUCUGGCCUUAAGUCAGGAUCCCAGUUUUACCAAUCCUACCAGAACAAUCCGCGGAGGAGGCCGCCUGAUGGGGGCUUGGACUCCCAACCAAAGAAGAUUCGGAAACCCCCUGGCCUUCCUUCCUCGGUGUAUGCAUCCACCUCCGGUGAUGAAUAUGCCAGAGACAAUGGAGGUUAUCCUGGUGGUAAGCCCGGCACUGUCUACCCGGGCUCUUUCUACAUGCAAGAAGACCCUUGGUCAUCCACCGGCUACUCCGCGAUGCUGAGUAACUCCACUCACAUUGGACCACCGGGAUCCUUCUCAUCACUGAACCCACAAGACAGGAUGAACUAUCCACUGCAUGGCAGCGAAGUCAACGGCUUCCACGCCGCCCCCACCACUUACAACCACACGCCUGCCAUCAACGGAGAGGCCAUCAUGGCAGGCAACAGAGCCACCACAGUGCAAGUCGCCAGUUCUGGAGAUGAAAUCGGCAAGGCUCUUGCCUCAAUUUAUCCGUCGGACCACAAUAGUAAUAACUUCUCCUCAGCUCCAUCUACUCCAGGUUCUCCUCAGGCUAUUACAGGAGGACAGUCUCAAUGGCAAAGACCAACUACACCAAGUUUUGAAGCGCAACCACAUACACUGCAGAGUAAAAUGGAGGACCGUUUAGAGGAGGCCAUCCAUGUGCUGCGGAACCAUGCUGUGGGCCAGGGCCCCGGCUUAGAUGGUGCCCACCCCGACAUGCACAGCCUUCUGUCUGCUGCAGUACACAACGGUGGCCUUGGAUCCCUCUCUCCAGCUUUCCCCAAUGCAAGCCUCGCUCUUAGCAACAGACAUCCUGUUAUGGGAGGGAAACACGAGGAGGCCACUGGCCUUCCGCCCAGCAGCACACUUCUUCACGGCCAUCACGCGUCCGGGUCCACGCCGUCAGUCGGCCAGCCAGAAAGCUUCACCAGUCUUCCUGGUGGGAUGACGCGCUCCACACACUCCUCCAGCAGUUCGGACAUCAAACGAGAAGACAAAGAGGAGGAUGAAAACUCAUCCAACGCAGACAAAUCCGACGACGAAAAGAAGGAUUCCAAAGCAGCACGCAGCCGAACAAGAAAGGAGGCGUUGACCCUCCAGAUGCUCUCUAGCCUUUCAGACCCGAAAGAUGAUGCCUUCACCGUGCGGUCUCCUUCCAGUCAGGACAAUGAAGACGAUGAGGACCUCCCACCCGAAGUGAAGAUGGAGCGCGAGCGGGAACGGCGAGUGGCCAACAACGCCCGUGAGCGGCUGCGAGUACGGGACAUCAACGAGGCGUUCAAGGAGCUCGGGAGGAUGUGCCAACUGCAUCUUAGCCACGACAAACCUCAGACCAAACUUCUUAUCCUGCACCAGGCUGUCAACGUCAUACUGAAUUUAGAACAACAAGUCAGAGAACGUAACCUUAACCCCAAAGCGGCGUGUUUAAAGCGUCGAGAGGAGGAAAAGGUGUCCGGGGUGGUGGGUGAAGCGCCCAUGCAGCUCUCAGGAGGCCACCCAAGUAUUGGAGGAGAUGGCCACAAUCCAGUUGGUCACAUGUAACACCAGAUGCGGCGGUGUUUCCUUGGCUGUCAGAGGUUGUGGCCUUAACAGAUUUCUUCCACCUGUUAACUCUGUGUGUGUGUGUGUGUGGUGUGUGUGUGUGCGUGCGUGCGUGCGUGCGUGUGUGCAUAUGUGGACGCGUCUGUUUUGUCCGUUCAAGUUUCAAGACACGCUCACACAAUUACACACAUGCAAACUGCCAAAAUGGACACAGCCUGUUUGUCGCCCUCCCAACCAAGCAUGACUACGAGCUCAAAUGUGAAGAUUUUUUUUCAAUUUAUAUAUAUAUAUAUAUAUAUAUAUAUAUAUAUAUAUAUAUAUAUAAAUUGAAAAAAAAUAUACAAACUGGACAUUUUGAUUUCCACAAUACAACACCAGAUAACUUUUUUUUUUUUCUCGUUCUACCACAAUUUGGGACUUUUGACACACUGCCGAGAGUUGCUUUGGAAGAAGAAACACAAAUUGAACCAUAAAUUUGUGCCUCAAUGUUACACAAUGUUUUCUAUUUGACAUUUAAGCAAAUUGCUUUACACGUGAGGGACAUUUAUUGUGAGGGAUUGCUUAUGUGUAUGAGCAAUUAUUUUUAAUGUAUGUCAUUCCCAGUGUGAUGGUACAGUCUUACAUAUGUUAUGUAACCAAGCCUGUAGUUGAAUUGCCGAAAUUCAGUGACUUUUUUUUUUUUCUUUUUUUUUUUUUUUUCUAAAUCAGCAAUUGUUUGAGGAGGCCAUAAAAUGAAAGGUGGCCAUUUUUGGACAGUCCGGAAGCGGCGGUCUUAAGCGAAGGACCGCCUGCAUCCCGCGAGGCUAUCUGGACACGCUGGAAUUGACGCUCUUUAAUUCCCGGAAGCAUAUGUGAAUUGUCACCCCACGAAAGAGUUCUUCCUCGUUUCUUUUUUGGGACAACAACUUCAAAAUGUUCAAGCUGUUCUCGUGACUUCAGGUGUCUCUACUGCUUUGCUACUAAAGCGCACACACAAACAAGACAAAGCACAGUCGUGUAAGAUGUCCCGUCGGGUGAAAAAACAACAACAACAAAAGAAGCCAUUGUAGGCCCUCACGGAGAGCCAGGCGCUUUGAAAUGGCUCGCCGACAAUGCCAGCAGACUUGAGGGCUAUGAUUUAUUGGACCCCUGAACUGAUACUCUGGAAAAGUUUUUUUUUUUCUUCCCCCCCCCAUCCUCUCUCCCCCCCUUGAUGGAGGCAACUUUUGGUCCGACCACCGUUUUGACGUCACGGCGGCUUUCUUUUCCCAGAAACAAGCAUUCCCACCGAAAUAGCGAACCCUCGCCUUCCUCCUUCCACCCUCUUAGCAAGACAAGCGCGACGUGUCAAUUCACUCCGUACGUCACUCUCGACACGUUUCAUUUUUCAAAAAAAAAAAAAAAAAAUUAAAUAUAUAUAAAAAUAUAUAUUUUUUGUUAGCCUAUACAUUGUAGAUUUUUUUACAUAAAUGGCAAUAUUAGUUGAAGUUUAGAGUGUAUUGUAGAUGAACUUUACAAAGGGGGGAUGUCGGACACGUGAUGAUAAAUUGAAGCAGGGCGAGAUUGAAAAGGUUGUUGAGAAGGUUGUUAAAUUCCUCUUUUGAGUUGAAGGCUACUUGGGUGAAUUGUUGAACUGUUUUGGGGGGCACUGAGUAUAAAUAUGGAGUCGGUUUGGGUGAACAGUAAUUAUGCAACUGGUUCUUUGAAUGUAGCCACCAUACUUAAUGUGGAUCGCCUUCAUGUGUCGAGGAGUUUGGUUUUUCCAUUUCACCCUUUUCUCCCCCCCCACCCCUCAACGCGCGUCUUUCAGCCGUUUCGGCACGAGGCGACGGCUAACGAGGAGAACAAAUCAGUGUUAUUGUGAUGUUAUUCCCAUGUCAUGUUGUCAAUUUCUCCUACCGACAUGUAAUAGAUGGCAGGGAGAGUUUUUUUUUUUGUACAAGUGAUGAAGAUGAAGAAAAAAAGAAGACCUAAACAAAUCAGCAGCGUGGCCUUUUUCAUCCUCAAGACGUAACGAUGUCAUAAAGGGAGAGUGAUACCUUAUCAGUGCCUGAACUUGUAUUUUUCAUUUUGUUUUGUCAACCAUAUUUCAUUUAUCAUGGAGAUUAAAAGAGGUACUUGUUCAUUCCCCCAACC